UGGCCAAAAGCCUGAACUGCAAAACCCUUUUACUUCCGGGUCUCGGUGACAGCUUUUGAGUGCAAUUUCGAGGAUUUUAUAUCCCACUUUAGCGCACCGUGUUGCUCAGGUUUGCAGGUUAGUUGCAGGUUUCGUGAUGUAUCACCUGCCUGUACUAAAACACAGGCGCACACUCCUCGAAAGAGCGGAGAAGUUCAUCUCUGAUGUCUAUUUCACAGACUGUAAUCUUAGAGGACGGUUGUAUGGAGACUCUUGCCCACUGGAAACCAUUACUUCCUUCCUUUCGGCUAAAAGGAUCCCAUUCAGCGAAGCGUCCACGCAGAACUUUGCACCUUAUAAAGUGGGUGACACCUUUGGACCAACGUGGUGGACUUGCUGGUUUAAAGUGACCCUGACAAUCCCUGAGACCUGGACUGGGAAGGAGGUCCACCUUCUGUGGGAGUCUGAUGGAGAGGCCAUGGUUUGGAGAGACGGACAGCCAGUCCAGGUCAUUCUGCAGAUGUACGAUGUGGGCCUGACCAAGGAAGGUGAAAAAACAAGUUAUAUCUUGUCCGAAUGCCUGAAAGACUCAGAGCCCCACAGCGUUACACUUUAUGUGGAAGUGGCCUGCAAUGGGCUUUUUGGAGCUGGUCAGGGGUCGAUGAUUGCAGCUCCAGACCCAAACAGGAUGUUUUCUGUCCAAAAAGCAGAGCUGGUGGUAUUCAACAAGGACGUCCGGGCGCUGCUGACUGAUUUCGAGAUGCUCGUUGAUAUCGUUAAGGAGCUGGGGGAGGGAGAGCAGCGAGGAUACCAGGCCCUCUUCACUGUGAACGAGAUGGUGAACCUGUGCGACCCGGCUGAUCCCGGCUCUUUCUCCAAAGCACACAGUCUGGCUCACACGUUCUUCAGCCAGCGGAACGGGGACAGCCAGCACACCGUCCAGGCAAUGGGUCACUGCCACAUAGACUCAGCCUGGCUGUGGCCCUAUGAGGAAACCAUUCGCAAAUGUGGCCGCAGUUGGGUCACAGUGAUCAGUUUAAUGGAGAAGAAUCCUGACUUUGUCUUCACUUGCUCUCAGGCCCAGCAGUUCCAGUGGGUGAAGAGCUGGUAUCCAGGACUCUUUUCCAAGAUCCAGCAAUAUGUGAAGAAAGGCCAGUUCAUUCCAGUAGGAGGAACAUGGGUGGAAAUGGAUGGCAAUCUGCCCUCAGGUGAGUCCAUGGUCAGGCAGUUCCUGGAAGGCCAGCGCUUUUUUAUCCAGGAAUUUGGACUGCACUGCAAAGAGUUCUGGCUUCCUGACACAUUUGGCUACUCAGCCCAGCUUCCUCAAAUAAUGCAGGGGUGUGGCAUUUCCAAUUUUUUGACUCAGAAGUUGAGCUGGAAUUUAGUUAACACCUUUCCUCACAACACCUUUUUCUGGGAAGGUCUGGAUGGCUCCAAGGUUUUAACUCACUUCCCACCUGGAAAUUCUUACGAGAUGAAAGGCAAGAUAGAGGACCUGGUGAAAACUGUUAGAAAUAACAAAGACAAAGGCAGGGCCAAUCACAGUGCAGCCUUGUUUGGUUUCGGAGAUGGCGGAGGAGGACCCACGCAGCUGAUGCUGGACAGACUGCGUCUGAUCCAGGACACAGAUGGACUUCCAAGGGUCCAGAUGUCCAGUCCUGAUAGUCUUUUCUCACAGCUUCAGGCCGACUCGGCCCUGCUCUGUACCUGGACCGGAGAGCUUUUCCUUGAGCUGCACAAUGGCACCUACACCACACAGGCACAGAUUAAACGAGAGAACCGGCAGUGUGAGGCUCAGCUCCACGACAUCGAGAUUGCCUCCUGCCUGGCCCUGUGCCGGGAUAGGACGUUUCAGUAUCCUCAGGAAAAACUGCAGCAGCUGUGGAGGCUUCUUCUUCUGAACCAGUUCCACGAUGUGAUUCCUGGCAGCUGCAUAGGGAUGGUUGUGGAGGAUGCUCUGAAACAUUAUGAAGAGAUACGCCGCGACGGGAAUGCUCUGCUGCGUGAGGCCUUUGAUGCUUUAGGGUCAAAGGGCAGCUCGGUCGGCGUGUUCAACUCUUUGCCGUGGGAGCGCCGCGAGGUCAUCCAGAUUACCGAUGGCUCCAAGAAACUGGCUUUGGUCAGUGCUCCCAGUGUGGGUGUGAGUCCUGUCAAAGACACACAGCCUGUGACUCCAGUCUCCAUCACACUCCAGUCUGACGGAACGGUCCUCAUGGAGAAUGGGAUUUUAAAGACUGUUGUAAACAAAGAUGGCACUUUGGCCACUCUGAAUUUGACGGGUGCAAACAGAGAGGCGAUUUCUGACGGCUGUGUUGGGAACCAGUUUGUGAUAUUUGAUGACGUCCCCCUGUACUGGGAUGCUUGGGAUGUCAUGGACUACCAUCUUCAGACAAGGAAACCAAUUCUGGAGGUGGUAGAGCCUGUUCACGUGGUGUCCUCUGGAGGGCUACGAGGCAGUGUCGCCUUCACCCUGAGGAUCAGCGACAAAAGCACCGUCACCCAGGAGAUCGUCAUGGACGCCAUGUGUCCCUACAUUAAGUUCAACACAAAGGUGCAGUGGGCCGAGUCGCACAAAUUUCUAAAGGUUGAAUUUCCUGUGCGAGUGCGCAGCCCCAACGCUACGUACGAGAUCCAGUUUGGCCAUCUGCAGAGGCCCACGCACUGGAACACCUCAUGGGACUGGGCCAGAUUCGAGGUCUGGGGUCACAAAUGGGCCGACUUGUCAGAGUACAACUUCGGGGUCGCUCUUUUGAACGACUGCAAAUACGGAUAUUCCAUCCACAAGAACACGAUGACGCUGUCCCUCCUGAGAGCUCCAAAGGCGCCCGAUGCCUUGGCCGACAUGGGGACCCACCAGUUCACCUACGCCGUCAUGCCUCACACAGGAUCCUUCCAAGAUGCUUCCGUCAUCCAGUGCGCAUACAACCUGAAUUUCCCUCUGAGGCUGAUCCCGUGCUCUCCCGAUUUGGUACCCUGGAGUGCGUUCUCCGUCAGUACCGAAUCUGUCAUACUGGAGACCAUUAAGCAGGCAGAGGACGGAAAAGGAACCGUGUUGCGUCUCUAUGAGUCAUUUGGGUCCAGUGUCACGGCAACACUGCGCACCACCCUUCCAGUCAGGGAAGCCUGGCAUUGUGACCUGUUGGAGAGACGAGACGCCACCCAGCCAGCACACGUAACAACAGAGGGAAUCGUUCUAAACUUCAAGCCUUUUCAAAUUGUGACACUUCUGAUUACUCUGUGAUUUAAAAAAAAAAAGUCUUUAGUGUCAUUCAUUUGCCUUUUUAAAAAGAUAAUCACCCUGUCCAGCGAUUACCACAAGAUCACUUUGGCACAUAAAAUCAAUAAAGAUUUGUACAACACA